AUGAGACUCCUGCUCCUGGCUUUUUCUAUCCUUGUGUUCCCACCACAAGUGAUCCCAGCCUAUGGUGGUGGAAAAAAAUGCUGGCACAAAUCCGGAUACUGCAGGAAAACCUGCAGAGUUGACAAAGUGAUAAAAACAGUAUGUCAACAUUAUCAAGUCUGCUGUGUUCCAAACCAGAAAGUUCCUAUCACUUCUCCCACACCCAUACCUAAUUUUCAAACAGAUAUUAUUGAUAUCCUGGUAACAAGUCUUACUACACCUAGCUUUGAAAUAAGCACCGAGAAUAAAGAAGAUGAAAAGUCUGACUUGGAACUGGAAACGUAG